GGAGGCGUAAGAGCUGAGCUAGUUGUUAAUCAAAUUCAAGAGAAGGGGACUACCUUGGGCGCCAAAAUCACCAGAUCUUUCUGAGGAUAGGAAGUCGAGCUUAAGGAUAAUUUAAAAUCUUAGCUUGAGAAGCACUCCACGUUAAGAAAUUAGGGGCUGUUGCUUAGUAAUUGAAAUUGAAACUUGAAGUUGAAAUGGCUUCUGCUUCCGCUUCAACCCAGUGCUUUGUUCAGUCACGCUUCCCAUUCAGGGAAUCUCAUCAUCAUAAUAACAGGAUUGUACAGCUUCACCAGUUACCAAAAACCCUGCUCUCUCUUUCUUCUGCCAAAGCUGCUGCAUUUGCAAUUGAGAGGAAGGAGCAUUCCUGUUUUGCGCAAACUGCGGCUGUUCGCCAUCUCGUGGGUUCCGUUACCACUGCUCACGGCCUUCGUUUCGCAGUGGUUGUAGCGCGAUUUAAUGAGAUUAUCACAAAGCCACUGCUAGAGGGAGCUUUAGCUACUUUCAAGGAUUAUUCAGUUCAAGAAGAGGACAUUGAUGUGGUAUGGGUUCCUGGUAGCUUUGAAAUUGGUGUAGUUGCACAGAGGCUUGGAAGUUCGGGGAGAUAUGAUGCAGUUUUAUGCAUUGGAGCUGUGAUAAGAGGUGAUACAACCCACUAUGAUGCUGUUGCAAAUUCAGCGGCAUCUGGAGUACUAUCAGCUGGUUUAAAAUCAGGUGUUCCAUGCAUAUUUGGUGUCUUAACUUGUGAUAAUAUGGAGCAGGCUUUAAACCGAGCUGGUGGUAAAUCUGGAAAUAAGGGUGCGGAGACUGCCUUGACAGCUAUUGAAAUGGCUUCUCUGUUUGUGCACCAAUUGAAGUAGUGUAUCGUGACUCUUGACUCUUAAGGAGAGGGGCAGAUAAUAUAUUUUUAAUUCGGCCAGCAAUCUCUGUUAUGGGUGAGCUUGGUCUUGUUCCCUUUUUGACUGCUAGAAAAUAUGUGUGUAGCAUCAUCAGACAUGGUAGCCAUAUUGUCCCAACUCCCAAACUUAGGGUUUAUGUUGAUUUACUAAAGCCCCGCCAAUUGAAUCUUAAAAACAAACAAGAAGUGAGUUUAAAAAGUUUUGAAUAAAGUGUUUCUCUCUUGCUUCAC